UACACAAAAAUACUCGUACAUAAGCUGUUGAUGAUCAUGUCGUGUAAAUCAUUUAAUAUAUGUGUAAUUUUAGAUAUCUUAGACGUMACGUGUCCCGGUGUGUGGAUAUGUCCCAAAGGAAUGAUAUAUCUCGAUAUUUGGUUGUUCGGAUAUAACAGUAGCACAUCGUAUGUAGAACCCAAAUUUCCUUUAGCUUUCAAUGAAACAUUUAAUUUCCACAAAACCUUUACAGAACUCUCCAACUUGAGGGACAUUCAGAAAGUCUUAGAAGAAAAAUGCAUGAAAAUAGAAUUAGUGCAAGCCUACAAAAAUAAGCAAAUCACUUUAGCUACAUAUACCUCAUUUGUUGAUGCAGUAUUGUAUCCCGAACGCAAUCGGUUGAGUAAUAAUGGAGAAAUUGCAUUGCUCAUGAAAAAUGAACCUUUAUUUCCGAUGGAAACAGUACACGCUGGUACAAUAUGCGUUUAA